AUGAAUAGUCUUCUAGAAAGCCCCUGCCCGGCCGGAUCUAGGUCCGGCUUUGGCAACGGGCAAUAUAGCAGCCUCACCGACGCCUACGAAGAUGAUACACUAGAUACCCUAGAAUAUACUGCAGCAAUUCAUCUUCCACAGCCGCCACGUGCUACAUCUCUGACAAAAGCAAAGCCCAGGAGAGCGUUGAGAAAACCGCCAUUCACUAUACAAGAAGACAACCAGUCGAAUACGACCGGCAAUACUGCGAGAACAGCAAUGCAAAAUAGUUUGAAACGAAAGACCCAGGAUCGGAACUCGUCGAUACUCGCUCAACCAGCCCAGCGGUUCCAGCGACCACGUGUCAGUUCUACAGCCGGUUCAAAGGAUAGCUCCUCGCAGCGCACACGGAUGAUCGAGAGCAACGGGGAUCGCGAGGUGUUAGGACACAAACCACAGCCAGAGGACAGGGUGCGGCCAAGCCAGAGGCCCUCUGGAUAUGAUAGCUUGAAGAAGGAUGUUCGACGCCGUACAGUGUACAUUCCGACAGAAGAUACGACUGUGCCAACGGUUUUCAUGAGUCUUUUUAGUCCACUGAAAUCAAUGGACACUAAUCCCAACAUUUCAAGCUCGGCUGAUGAGACAGUACCACUUUACAGCCUGGAGGCACGCAUUGCGGAGAAGAAACAAUCCAAGGAAUCUUCAGUGGGACAGCCUAGAAAAACGCCACUUCAACCUAGCAAGAAGGUCACUCAACAACCUGCAAUAACAAAGGAUGUCAUGGGGAAGAACGGAGGAAAGGAGAACAUCCCUCCGGGUUUCUUCAUAGACAAGAGCAAGGAAAUUCAAGAGAAGAAACCACUUUCUCAAACUGAUACAAGGUCAAGGGAGCCGCUGAAGACAGCAUCGAAUGCUAUACAGAACAGGAAACCAAAUGUGGCCCAGCUGAAGCGGAGUAAAGGGCCAGCUCUUAAACCCAUUGGUCAAAAAUCUUCAGUGGUUUUAUUGACAGAGGCUGGGUCAAAGGACCUAAAAUCGUCAACGGGAAAAGCAGACACCAAACGCACCAACCUUAGGAGCCGUUCUGUUCUUCAGCCAUGCCAAUCGAAAGAAUCUCUGACAGAAAACCGUCCAACACCCCCUACGCGGCUCUCUGUUCCUAAGAUUGGCCCUAUCAGCAUUGAUCAGCAAUUUCCUGUGCUCAGCAACGACAUUUCAAAUCCAGCCAUGUACGAAGAUAAUUGGCUCUCGCAUCAAGAAGUCGUCAUUACUCAGCUAGUAAAUGGCCUGUUCGACUCCGUUGGGGGCAAAUUGCACGCGCAUGAUCCGGAAGUACUUCGACAUGAGCUUCUUGACAUCUAUCAAAGCGAUGCGUUUCUUUUACUCUACAAACGCAUUCAAGCUUCGAUACUUUAUGGUGCUUUGGCGCCUCCUAAGGACAUAUUACGCCGGGGCAGCCGACUCCCGGAUGAUCUCGGCAUGAAAAAGUCGUUCCUGAACUUUUGGUCUCAGACCUACGACUUGAUUGCUUUGAGAGCGGCGGCAGAGACUGUGGUCGGACGAAAAAUUACUUGUCAGCUUCACCGGACAAGCAACGGGCCAUCAGGUCUUUCACCGAAGCAGCAAAAGGUGCUGAAACGCUCCAUAGAGACGUUCUUGGAAACCUUUCUUAUCCGGAACAUGGACAAGAAAGGCAAUGAAGGUACUCAAAAUGACGCCGUGGGAGCACUAUAUCGGCGCACCCUUCUUCGGAGCAUUAUGAUUAUAACUCUUCUCGAUAAGGCUCGCUUGACAUCGGAAUGUUCACUACCACGACGUCUCUUUACCGACUCCUCCCCGCACAAGUCCUCUUCGGCAGCAUUGCAAGCACUGGCGAACCUGUUACUUCCUUCAAUGGGAGAUAUCAAUCGACAAGUCAAUCAUCUGAACUGUAGUCUGCUCUACAAACAGCAUCAGCUACAGGACCACGACUACCGGAUUCGUAAUCUAGCUGUGGAUCUACGUGAUGGUGUUCUUUUGACGAGACUAGUCGAGAUCCUACUCUAUCCAAAGUCCUCAUAUUCUCGUACCGGGAGAAAAGGCUCUGAUAGUACAACAACUAUCAUUGACGAAGUAGUCUUAGCAGAUGAGACUGCAGAAUGGUCACUUUCCCAGAAUUUGAAGUUUCCCUGUGUCAGCAGAGCAGCCAAGAUUUUCAACGUUCAAAUCGCCCUUGACGCUCUCGAAGGGGUCAUUGGUAUCGACGCACUUGUCAAGGAGAUCAAUGCAGAGCACAUAGUUGACGGAUACCGCGAAAAGACCAUUGCUUUGCUCUGGGUACUGGUUGGGAAAUGGGGUUUGGCGGAAAUGUUGGACUGGAAGGACGUAAGGAGUGAAAUCGUGCGUCUACAGAAGAAGCUUGUCCUUUGCCGAGAGUAUCAACCUUGCAAUGUGGACAAGUUGUACGACCUCGAGCUUGUAUCACACGAGGAUUUGCUUAUCAAAUGGGCUUCGACCCUCGCGCUGCUGAAAGGACUACAACUUGACAACCUCACGACCAGCUUUGCGGAUGGCAGAAUAUUUGAAAGUAUCGUUGACGAGUAUGAGGUCUUUCUUUUAAAAGGACAAGAUGGACAUGGAGAUUCGAUCACGGGAAAACAGCCUAGAGCUGAGCUGGGAUCGUGGCAAUCACGCCUGCAAGCUCUGGGAUGUAGUUCUCAAUUCGCAUCUCUCGUUGCCGGGUCAACUUCUGCAUCUCGCAUAUUUGACCGCGAUUUUGUACUCGGUGCCUUGACUUUUCUAUGCUCUCGCCUUUUGUCAUCAACCAGGCGCAUUCGAGCGGCUAUCGUUAUUCAAAAGGCGUGGCGGCGUAUUACGACUGAGGAGAAUUCACGACGUCGUGUUCUUGCCAAAGAGAUAGCCGAGCAAUGUGCAGCUGUUGCUUGCGCUCGCGAACGCAUCUUAUGGGCCAAGACUGUGAUAAUGACGCGGUGGAGAGAGCGAAAAAUGAGUAGAAAGCAGGUCACUUCAAAGGGUAAAAAGCCCAAAUCGAAGCCUGCACGGCGGGCGAGGUUCUGA